ACUUAUUUGGAAAGGGAAAAGAAAAUCUUGGAUAAUAAAGUAGUGGGCGGGAUGGUUUAUGGAUUGCAAGCUUGAGCUCCCAUCAAUGGUGACUGCGUCGGCCGUUCGCGUCUCAUCUCUUUUUUCCUCUUCUGGGGUGUCCUCCUUUCACCCGCUGCAUCAGCCGGAAGUCUCCACCGGAGUCAUCUCCUUAUCUAUUCCGAACAUUUCAUAUCGCGGGCUACUAAGCUCUCCGGCGGCUGGAAGGAGGGAUUUCCUCAGGGGAAUCGCUCUGGCAUCCGUAUUAUUGAUUAAGUCUUCGGAUUCGAAGGCGAGGGAGGUCGAGGUUGGGUCUUAUCUUCCCCUGUUCUCGUCGGACCCAUCUUUUGUUCUCUUUAGGGCCAGUCCCAGUGAUACUCCUGCACUCCGUGCCGGCAAUGUGCAACCCUAUGAAUUCAUUCUUCCGCCAAGUUGGAAACAAACAAGAAUUGCCAACAUACUUUCUGGAAAUUAUUGCCAACCCAAAUGUGCUGAGCCAUGGGUGGAGGUAAAAUUUGAAGAUGAAAAGCAAGGCAAAGUUCAGGUGGUCGCUUCACCUUUAAUACGCCUAACAAACAAGCCCAAUGCAACUAUUGAAGAUAUUGGAAGCCCUGAGAAGGUGAUUGCUUCUCUUGGUCCAUUUGUGACGGGUAACACGUAUGAUUCUGAUGAGCUCCUUGAAACAUCAAUAGAGAAGCAUGGCAAUCAAACGUACUAUUCCUAUGUGCUGGAGACUCCAUAUGCUUUGACUGGUUCACAUAAUCUAGCAAAAGCCACAGCUAAAGGAAGCACAGUCGUCUUGUUCGUAGCAAGCGCAAAUGAUAAGCAGUGGCCAGCUUCUCAGGAAACUCUCAAGGCCAUGGUUGAUUCUUUCCAAAUAUAAGGUAAAUUACAAAUUGCCCCCUCUUUAUUUUCAAAAUACGCAUUUCAUUGCCCGGCAUGAGAAUUUUCUGUAUGUUUUCAUAAUCAAAAUUUACAUAAGAGUUAUGUGUAUAUUUUAAAUAUUAUUUGGGGUAUUUUCCUUAGUAUUAGCAUUACAGAAACUGCUUCAACUACUGAUUACAUUAUGGAUUCAAAUAUUUUGUUUGGGGCA